GUGAGAUUCUGUACAUUUUCGUUCUCGUAUGAUAAUUUAACCUCUCGACUGACUGAGAACAGACGCUGUUAAGACACGUCACUGAAAUAUUAGUGGUAGCUACAUGGGAUGUCAACGUCCAGUUUUUAACGGACACUUGCUGGACCGAAGGUUUGUCUCUUGGACUUCAAUGAUGGCAUUUCCUGAAGAUUUUAAUCAGCUUGAGUUGUUGAACACACAUGGACAUCUGAUCCCCCGCGGAGCCAGCAGCCUGUGGACCGGGAGCAAAGAGAAUGAGGAGGAGGAGGAGGAGGAGAAUCACAGUGAGGAAUUGUAUCUAGAAAAGGAGCAAGCUCUUAAAGAUAAACCAGUGGAGCUCAUUCUGUGGGCAGCAGAACAUAAUCGUCUUUCAACAGUGCAUAGGUUAUUAGCAACUGACCCUUUGCUGGUGCACUGCUGUGAUGAGGACGGUUACACUCCCCUGCACCGUGCAGCAUACAGCGGCCAUGCUGAUGUUUGUUCUGCUUUAAUCACUGCGGGCUCUAAAGUGAAUCCCCGCACCAAUGACGGCUGGACACCGCUCCACAGCGCCUGCCGCUGGAGCCGCGUCACCGUGGUGAGUUUCCUCCUGCAGCAUGGAGCUGAACUGAAUGCUCAGACCAAUGGUGGACUCACACCACUGCACCUUGCUGCCUCCAACACCAGCUCCUCCAAAUCAGACUCCGCCCACACCCUCGAGCUGCUCCUCUCUCAGCGUCACCUAAAGGCAGCACUUCGCAGUCACUCUGGGGAGACAGCCAGUGAGGUGGCUCGUCGUAGUGGUCCCCUUCACUUCCUAUUUGAGAUGGUAGAAGACUAUGUCAGUGUGAUUCCAGACACGUGACCACGUUCAUUUACGUUUUCAAUCUGGAGAGCAGGUACAUUAUGGAUUUUUAAUCUAAUAAAUAUUACACGUCUGAAACCCAGAUGAUGUUAAUUUUAGCAUCAAUUAUCACAGAGGAAAGCAUAAAAAUAUUAUAUUUAAGAGGCUGAAACCAGCAAACGCCUUCAAAAAUAAUAUAAUAAUUGAUGUUCAUGGUCAUUAUAAUAAAUUAAUCCUGUAGUUUUAGAGAUACGUUGUCUCAUUUAUAUUGUCUUUAUUUCUCUCUCGCUCUCCAUCUCCCUUUCACUCUUCCCUCUGCUGUGUCUCUCUUUCUUUCUCAACCUCCCCACCUGAGGCUGAUGGCCACCCACACUGAUCCUGCUCAUUGUGCUGUCCUUUCUAAAAAACAAAAAUAAAAUAAAAUAAUGAUGUCCUUGCUUGAA